AUGGCUUUAAACUACCUUAUGUGGAAUAAAGAUUUGGUCCGAAAAAGUAAGGAUGAGGUGCUUUUAAGGUGCCUCGGAAAGAAAGAAUACAUGAAAGUCAUGGGGGAAACCCAUGAAGGAAUCUGUGGAGCACAUCAAGGAGGGAGAAAAAUGUGCUGGUUAAUUAGAAGAUAUGGCUACUUCUGGCCAACCAUGAUGAAAGAUUGCAUUAACUAUUCCAAAGGAUGUGAAUCUUGUCAAAGCCAUGGGCAAUUAGAGGAUGGGCAAUGGAUCUCAUUGGCAAGAUCUAUCCAGCCAGCAGCCAGCAGCACUGUUUUAUCAUUGUUGCCACAAACUACUUCACUAAGUGGAUUAUACAAAGAUUUGGCAUCCCAGAAUCAAUCACAACUGAUAGAGGAUCCUCUUUCAUAUCUGGAAGGAUUGGAUGCAGGCAGAAUUGACACUCUCAACAAACUCCUGGCGGGAAAACAAGUUGUAUCAAGGGCUUACAACAAAAUAGUUGAAAACAAGAGUUUUGAAGAAGGAGAGAUAGUAUGGAAAGCGGUUCUGCCCUUUGGAACACAUGUGGCUGGUUAUGGAAAAUGGUCACCUACAUGGGAAGGCCCUUUCAUAAUCAACCAGAUCCUUGGAAUGGGGGCAUAUAGGUUGCAGGAUAGGGACGGAGAAAUUCAUACUGCCCCAAUCAAUGGCAAAUGGUUAAAAAAGUUUUAUCCAACCAUGUGGGAUUCACAGGCUGUACAAACAGACCCUGGGAUAGACAUAAGACUACACUGA